AUGUCUGCCGACCAAAUAUUGUCCGCCCCCUCCGAUGCCAUGAUCCAACUGAUCGCUCCAGAUGGAUACUAUACCUAUUUGGGAAUAGAGAAACCGUCUGCCUCUGAAAUUGCCGAAAACAUUACUUCCUCCUUUAUUCCCAAAAAGAAUUCUCCCGAAGCAGCAACAACCAACAACAAGAACAGUGGAAUCGAUCAAGACCAAGUCAAAAAGUCAUAUCGCAAGCGCGCCUUGAAACAUCAUCCCGAUAAACCAGGAGGAGACGCCGACACGUUUCGGGUCCUGAAUCGAGCCCAAAAGGUUCUCCUCAAUCCAAAACUACGGCAACAAUACGAUAUCUUGGGAUUGGAUUUACACGACGAGGACGACAAUCUGCAUCAUGCCGGCGGCAAUGACGACGACAACAAUAAUGACGAGGAGGAAACGGGGAUUGUGCAAGAGAUUGCUACUAUGGCCAUGGCGGGACUAAUGCAUGUGGCUGUACGGACUGCACUCAUGGGUCUUGUAUCGGUAGUGGUGGUGCGGUAUACCCUCUUGGUCGUUCCGGCCUUGCUGUUUAUGGGGUAUGUUGGCUUUAGCGUCUUUCGGGCAUCUCAACUCCCCGAUGGACACCCCGAAAAGGUAAUACCGCACGCUGUGGGUGGUCCCAUUGCCAUGGGCUGUGGGUUGCUCUGUAUGUACUUUGGACGAACCUACGACGAGGACAACAACAACAAUGCACACUGGACAUGGCUGUUUUGGGUGGGAGAAUCCAUUGUCAUUGGCAUGUUCAUCUUCAAUUCCACCGCUGGCAGUUUGGCAUCCUCCUUGGGCCGUCCGCUUUAUGGCGGCAUUGCUGUCUUUGCCAUGCUCGUGGCGUUGUGGAUCCGUGGCCGCUUUUGGACCUACGUGACAAUACUGUUGUUUCAAGGAGCAUUGCUGUUGUUUGUCGUCAUGGCCUUUCCGGUCAUGGAGAUGGUUCUGGAAACAAUAUUGAAUGAGAAACUUCGCAAAGUUGGGGAUAAAGUGCGGGCACAUCAACGACAGCUGGAAGCUUAUUAUGCCAACAAACUGAGCGAGAAGGGUAGCUAG